UCCCACAGGAGUCAUACGAAGUUGGCCGAGUAUUACGACAUGCAUAAUGCUUACGUGCAGCAACUGCAUGCGGCAAAUGGAAUGAUAGAUCAUUACACCAAUGUGACGCUUCCGAAGCUUCUAGAAGAAUUAGAAGAGGUUUACACUGAUUUAAGUGAUACCAUUUCAGGAGCUAUUCUUUCUGUUGCUGAUUUAUUGCUUAGCAAGACACGCGAACAGACCAACCAUUAUGAGAACAUUGCCAGUGCUGCCCAGGCCGUGAAGACGAAAGCAGACUUGACCAAUUUCAUCCGUUCACUCAAUGUGGAGAAGCCUUCCCAGCAGAACAACAAACAUCUUUAUAACCCUCCCUACAUGGAGAACGAUCCGGCCCAGAUGGAAGCUGGGAUGAUGCUUCGCAACGAGCUCGUCAUCGACAGGCUGUCCCAACUGCCCAACCGAUCGCACACCCUGAAGCAGGACGUCGCCAACCUGGAGGCGCAGAUCAAGCAGCUGCAAGAAGCAGUCGAUUCCAUGGAGCGCUUGCAGCGAAGGAGUUUAGAAUCUGCUUUAUUUAAUAAAGCAAAUGAACUUCAAGAAGACGUAAGCUUAAAGAAAUUCGACUUGCAAGUGGCCUUUAUUCAUCUUUCUGCAGUUAAAGCACAGCUGGAGUUGUUCGCAUCUGGUAAAGGAGAGCAUCCUCUGGAGGGUAAUCACCUGAAAGAGCGAAAACAGUCCACAGUCAGCACGGGUAGCGGAACUGCUAAAAACAAGUGGUUGAAAGCAUUCCUCAACCUCAAGACUGCUAGCAGCGGCAACCUGUCAGACAAGAAUGAUGGUGAUAAGAAAAGCAGUAAAAGCGGCUCCCGACCUUUAUCGGCAGCGCCUGGAACUUUAGAAGUUCAACAUGUCUUUCAAGAGUACACUUACAAAAAAAUUACUGCCUGUGAUCAUUGCAAAGAAAUACUUAGAGGUCAUUCUAGGCAAGGUGUGAAAUGUAAAAUGUGUAAAUUGAACGUUCACGCUGAGUGCCAAGAAAAAGUUGGACCAUGUCAGCCGAAGCCAAGGUUACUCCGUCGCCAAAAAUCAACGUCGGAAAUUGAGACCAAAGUUCCGGCGUUGGAACCCGAGGAAGAAAGAGUUACACAAUCCGGAGGUGUGGAUCCCGUCUACCAGCUACUGAAGCAAGCCGGAGACUUGGGCGGGGCUCCCAAAAGGGGGGACAAGGACAAAGACUAUUCACUUUGCGCCUCCCCCCGAGAACACGGAAGCAACAGCUCUAGCCUGACUUCCCUGCAGCAGCAGCGAUGGACUCGAUCCAACGCCUCUUCGUCGGCUUCUUCUUCGUCGUCCUUUCUCCUCACUGUGUCCGGAAGUCAUCCGGACCAUGCCUCCACAUCAGGCGCGGGAGGAAACAGAAGAAUCGUGUCAGCCCCACACAGCCCGCAGAGGAAGCGGCUCUCCCUACGUAUGAAGAGCUUCUCAUUGGACAGUCCGGAAUCCAGCGAGCACGUGCACCGUAGGCAGCACCAUCCUUUAGCUCCCCAAAGUCCAGUCCAUGGCAACCGUAGACAUCUCCUCACCGCCAAAAACGUCCGGAUGAGUUCAGUUGAUCUGCCAGAUGAUAAUGAAAAGUCCCUCAGCUCAGCGUCCACAUCGCCUUGUCCUUCACCGAAGCCUCAUAGACUACUGCCAACUAACCUUUAUGUAGUACUUUAUAAUUUUAGAAGUCGUCAUCCAGACGAGAUUGAUUUGAAGGCUGGCUGUAUCAUUACCGUAACAGACACAAGUGAUCCAGAUUGGUGGCAGGGUAAAUGCUUAGGCAAAAUUGGUUACUUUCCUUCGAAAUAUGUGACGAAAUUGCAUCCUGGGGAACAACCUUUGCAAGUGACGCAUACGGUCCAUGUGAAUGACGGUGAAAGUGGUCUCAAGCUUCUAACCGAUCAGAUCGUCAUCCAGAUCGGAGACGAGAAGGACGGGAUUGUGAUCGUCAGAACUGGUGCUAAUGAGAAAUCGUACCCCUGUCCGAUCAAGUACCUCAAAGAAGUGUGA